GCCAUGGCGUCUGCAGAUGUGACAGACGCGCCCACGGCCGAGGAGCCUCUUUUUGACCCCGGUCUCAAGAAAAAGAAGAACAAAAAGAUUGUCGAUUUCGAUGUCCUCGACGGAGCCGGCGCGGGCGACGAGAAUGGAGCAGAAGCAGCACCGGCAGGAGGGGAGGCAGCAGAAGAGAACCCUGAGGACCUCUUCGGAGGUUUGAAGAAGAAGAGCAAGAAGAAGAAGAGUGUUCCAAUGGACUUGGACGACGCCACGUCUCCUGGGGCUGAUGGAACGGCGACAGACGCAGGUGCGGACGCGGCUGAGGCUGUCCCAGAUGGAGAUCUCGACUUUGGCGACAUGAAGAAGAAAAAGAAGAAGAGCAAGAAGGGUGGCUUUGAUCUCGAGGCUUUCGAAAAGGAGCUGGGCGAGGGGACUUCCACGCCCAAGUCAGACGAUGCCGAGGUCGAAGGCGACCUUGGCGACGAUCCAUUUGGCGCCGACGAUGCCGAAGAGGCUGUCGGAGAGAAGAAGGACAACGUUGAGACGUGGCACGGUACAGACCGAGACUAUACGUACCAAGAGCUCCUCGGCCGGAUUUUCGCGACACUUCGUGCGCAGAACCCGGCGCUGUCGGGCGACAAGAAGAAGUAUACGAUUGCGCCGCCCGUGGUGCAACGAGAUGGAUCAAAGAAGACGGUCUUUGCCAACGUUGUCGAUAUCUGCAAGCGAAUGCACCGACAACCGGACCACGUCAUUCAAUACCUCUUUUCGGAGCUGGGAACAGUGGGCUCUGUCGAUGGUAGCCAGCGUCUCGUCAUCAAGGGUCGUUUCCAACCCAAGCAGAUUGAGAAUGUCUUGCGGAGAUAUAUUGUCGAGUACGUCACCUGCAAGACGUGCAAGUCGCCCCAGACGAUUCUGACGAAGGAGAACCGUAUCUACUUUAUGACGUGCGAGUCUUGCGGCUCCACCAGGUCCGUCACGACGAUCAAGACCGGCUUCCAGGCCCAGACGGGCAAGAGAAGCAAGAUGCGUGCCCAGACCUAAAAGCAAAAGCAGGGUCGAUUGCUCGUUUGGCAUCUCUCAUUUGUGUACUGUUACAUCUUGUGGGAUCAUUGAUGGUACAUGAACAACGCUCUUUGCACUUUAAACGCAUCCUUCCAAAUCUCAAUGUCCAGGCCUACGCCUGUACCC